AAAUCUUCCCCACCCCAGGGAGUGUCACUUCCUCCUCUGCAGUCUCCCAGACCAGUACACAAAGGCUGCUGCCGCCGCCAGAGGAAGGGCUGCUCUGCACGCACCUAUGUGGAAACUAAAGCCCAGAGAGAAAGUCUGACUUGCCACACAGCCAGUGAGUGACUGCAGCAGUACCAGAAUCCGGUCUGUUUUCUGUUUGGUUCUACUACCAUUACGGCUUGGGAUCUCGGGCAUGGUGGCUUUGCCAGUGGUCCUUGUUUUGCUGCUGGUCCUGAGCAGAGGUGAGAGUGAGUUGGACGCCAAGACCCCAUCCACAGGGGAGGCCACAGAAUGGGGGAAUCCUCACCUGUCCCUGCUGGGGUCCUGCCAGCCAGCCCCCUCCUGCCAGAAGUGCAUCGUCUCACACCCCAGCUGUGCAUGGUGCAAGCAACUGAACUUCACCGCGUCGGGGGAGGCGGAGGCACGGCGCUGCGCCCGACGAGAGGAGCUGCUGGCUCGAGGCUGCCCGCUGGAGGAGCUGGAGGAGCCCCGCGGCCAGCAGGAGGUGCUGCAGGACCAGCCACUCAGCCAGGGCACCCGCGGAGAGGGUGCCACUCAGCUGGCGCCGCAGCGGGUCCGGAUCACGCUACGGCCUGGAGAGCCCCAGCAGCUCCAGGUCCGCUUCCUUCGUGCUGAGGGAUACCCGGUGGACCUGUACUACCUUAUGGACCUGAGCUACUCCAUGAAGGACGACCUGGAACGCGUGCGCCAGCUCGGGCACGCUCUGCUCGUCCGGCUGCAGGAAGUCACCCAUUCUGUGCGCAUUGGUUUUGGUUCCUUUGUGGACAAAACGGUGCUGCCCUUUGUGAGCACAGUGCCCUCCAAGCUGCGCCACCCCUGCCCCACACGGCUGGAGCGCUGCCAGUCACCCUUCAGCUUUCACCAUGUGCUGUCCCUGACGGGGGAUGCGCAAGCCUUCGAGCGGGAGGUGGGGCGCCAGAGCGUGUCCGGCAAUCUGGACUCGCCUGAAGGUGGCUUCGAUGCCAUUCUGCAGGCUGCACUCUGCCAGGAGCAGAUUGGCUGGAGAAAUGUGUCCCGGCUGCUGGUGUUCACUUCAGAUGACACAUUCCAUACGGCUGGGGAUGGGAAGUUGGGUGGCAUUUUCAUGCCCAGUGAUGGGCACUGCCACUUGGACAGCAAUGGCCUCUACAGUCGCAGCACAGAGUUUGACUACCCCUCUGUGGGUCAGGUAGCCCAGGCCCUCUCUGCAGCAAACAUCCAGCCCAUCUUUGCUGUCACCAGUGCUGCACUGCCUGUCUACCAGGAGCUGAGUAAGCUGAUUCCUAAGUCUGCGGUAGGGGAGCUGAGUGAGGACUCCAGCAAUGUGGUACAGCUCAUCAUGGAUGCUUAUAAUAGCCUGUCUUCCACUGUGACCCUUGAACACUCUUCACUCCCUCCUGGGGUCCACAUUUCUUACGAAUCCCAGUGUGAGGGUCCUGAGAAGACGGAGGGUAAGGCUGAGGAUCGAGGACAGUGCAACCAUGUCCGAAUCAACCAGACGGUGACUUUCUGGGUUUCCCUCCAAGCCACCCACUGCCUCCCAGAGCCCCAUCUCCUGAGGCUCCGGGCCCUUGGCUUCUCAGAGGAGCUGACUGUGGAGUUGCACACGCUGUGUGACUGUAACUGCAGUGACACCCAGGCCCAGGCUCCCCACUGCAGUGAUGGCCAGGGACACCUACAAUGUGGGGUAUGCAGCUGUGCCCCCGGCCGCCUAGGCCGGCUCUGUGAGUGCUCUGAGGCUGAGCUGUCCUCCUUAGAUCUGGAAUCUGGGUGCCGGGCUCCCAAUGGCACAGGGCCCCUAUGCAGCGGAAAGGGUCAGUGCCAAUGUGGACACUGCAGCUGCAAUGGACAGAGCUCUGGACAUCUGUGCGAGUGUGACGAUGCCAGCUGUGAGCGACAUGAGGGCAUCCUCUGUGGAGGCUUUGGUCGCUGCCAAUGUGGAGUAUGUCACUGUCAUGCCAACCGCACGGGGAGAGCAUGCGAAUGCAGUGGGGACAUGGACAGUUGCAUCAGUCCCGAGGGAGGGCUCUGCAGUGGGCAUGGACGCUGCAAAUGCAACCGCUGCCAGUGCUCGGAUGGCUAUUACGGUGCUCUAUGCGACCAAUGCCCAGGCUGCAAGACACCAUGCGAGAGACACCGGGACUGUGCAGAGUGUGGGGCCUUUGGGACUGGCCUCCUGGCCACCAAUUGCAGUACAGCUUGUGCCCAUACCAAUGUGACCCUGGUCUUGGCCCCUAUCUUGGAUGAUGGCUGGUGCAAAGAGAGGACCCUGGACAACCACUUGUUCUUCUUCUUGGUGGAGGAUGAUGCCAGAGGCAGGGUCGUGCUCAGAGUGAGACCCCAAGAAAAGGGAGCAGACCACACCCAGGCCAUUGUGCUGGGCUGCGUAGGGGGCAUCGUGGCAGUGGGGCUGGGGCUGGUCCUGGCUUACCGGCUCUCGGUGGAAAUCUAUGACCGCCGGGAAUACAGUCGCUUUGAGAAGGAGCGGCAACAACUCAACUGGAAGCAGGACAGUAAUCCUCUCUACAAAAGUGCCAUCACGACCACCAUCAACCCUCGCUUUCAAGAGGCAGACAGUCCCACUCUCUGAAGGAGGGAGGGACACUCACCCAAGGCUCCUCUCCUUGGAGGACAGUGGGAACUGAAGGGUGAAAGGAAGGGUGGGUCUGUAAGACCUUGGUAGGGGACUAAUUCACUGACGAGGAGCGGCCACCAGCCUACUUCAUUUUCAGAGUGACACCCAAGAGGGCUGCUUCCCAUGCCUGCAACCUUGCAUCCACCUGGGCUACCCCACCCAAGUAUAUAAUAAAGAGUCUUACCUCAGACCACA